ACCAUGGCGAAGAAGUUCGGGUUGAAUUCUCUUAAUUAAUCAUGUCGGUUAAUCUUGUUAGACACACCGGAGGAUGUCAUUGUGGAAGAGUUCGCUUCGAGGUCUUAGCUAAACCUGUGCUGAAGGCUUACGACUGCAACUGUACCAUUUGUGUGAAAAAAGGGAUGUUUCUCGUCUGGCUUCCAAAAGAAAAUUUUAAAUUGACACAGGGAGAGGGGCAUAUAUCUUGUUAUACCUUCAACACCCACCAAGCUAAACACUACUUUUGCUCCACUUGUGGUAUCCACCCAUUCUACCAACCUCGCUCAAAUCCUGAGGGACGUGGCAUUUCACUGCAGUGUUUGGAUGAAGAAGAAACUAGAAAGAAUGCAGAGGUUGUUCCAUGUGAUGCUUUAGACUGGCAGAAAUGGGAAAGAUACCUUGAUGAACAUCCAAAAGCAAGAAAUCUCACUGAAAAUGUGGAGUAGUUCCAACUUCAUUAGGAUUUUCAGCAAUAAACUUCUCCCAAUUCUGACCAUCGCAAUCCUCAACUUCAACAUCCUCCACUGUACCAUCAUCUAAACAAUGAGGCAUGACUCCAUAACCAUCAGGAUUAGAUCGAGGGAUGUAAAAACUCUGCACACCACAGGUCUUGCAGAAAAGGUGCUUUGCAGCAUGUGUAUUAAAUGUGUAGCAGGUUAAAUUGUCUUUACCCUAGAGAAAAGAAAAUGUAUCCACUGAUAUAUCAUUGAUUUGUCAAGAGUAUCACCCCCUUAAAUACUAGAGAUGGAAGUAAUGGCAUUAGUCAACUCUUAGCUCUCACAGCACCACCAUUUGCAAUUAGACAUGAAUAUUCAAUGAUAUUCAACUUAUUCAAAAACAUGAUUGGAUAACUUUGGUGUUUCACAUCAUUAGUUUUAAUUUAGACAUUUGAGAUUCAUCCAAGGCAAGUGUAAAGGCUACUUAAGAAGAUCAGAUGU